UAAACCGUGAAGAGCAGAGUCGUAUUCGCAGAGCGAGAUUCUCCGUCGUCGAAGAAACAAUCUAGCUAACAAUCUAUCUGAGAACUCUACCGGUGUUCGUUUAUCGUACCCCAAUAAGAUUUGAAAAAAUUUCGAGAAUGCAUCAAAGGAUGGUAUCGUUCUACAUGCUGUUGGUGGUUGCGGCUCUUUUCGUAUCUUCGAACCUCUCGACGAAUGCCGCGCCACAACAAGGUUACUGGGAGGAAGAUCCGGAAGCUCUAAUGGAAAUAAUUAGUCGGCUUGGUCACACCAUGAUACGUAAUCCAGAGCUCGAAAAUAACAAACGGGGACUGGACUUAGGUUUGAAUCGCGGAUUCAGCGGAUCUCAAGCUGCAAAACAUUUGAUGGGAUUAGCAGCAGCGAAUUACGCCGGAGGACCUGGCCGACGACGUCGUUCCGAACAGCCCUAGAUUCAAAAACGUACUGGUUCGCUUGAUUAAUCUCAUUUCGACUUUAAGCUCUAACGUCAUAAAUGAUUACUUGCACGGGUUCGUUCGUUCGUUCGUCCUUUCGUUUCUUUUCUUACCUUUGCCCCUGUUGUAAGAUGAUCCUGCAAUCCGACAAAUUUUGGCUGCUUUAACACUUAUCAAUUAACCCUUUUAAAUUAUCGUUCGUGCGUGCGAUCAAUCAUUUGUAUCUCAGAUUUCUCGCGUAUACAUGGUAUACUGAAAAUUUUUGUUCAUAAAACAUAUUGUUGCUUCUUUUUCCUCCGUUUCUUUCUUCUUUAAAAUUUAAAACAUCAAGACAGUUAAAUGUCCGUUACAUUCUAGUCAUUGUUCUAGUCAUAAAGUUAUUCCAUUCAUAUUUACGUACCAGAGUGUGUAUUCCUGCGUUUACAAACAUAUAUACGAACAUGUGAAAAGAAUAGUAAAAUAAUACGACAAACCUACCCAUCGGCGAUACGAUAUACAUAUAACACAAUCAAGCAUUAAAAUAGAAACCAACAAUAAUUAUUGGAAACGCACAAGUUUAAAUGGUCAACUAUGAAUUCUUUAAUUUAUCUUUCAAUCUAUUAAUUUUCGAUCGUGCCACUUAUAGAUUCGCUUAAACCGACAUCUGUCGUCAUUAAAAUUUGAUACCUAUGUACCGACAGUUUCAUCUGUUAAAUUGUAGCCGAUCGUGCAUCUAUUUUGCAUCCGUAAACUGAUAUCGAUACCUGUCGUACAUGCAGCUUAAAUACUUGUACAUUGUAUCUAUUUCGUUUUCAACUAAUUACAUACAUCAUAUUGUAUUUUCGAACGAAUGCUAUUCGACUAUUAGCGUGUCAAUACGCUGUUUUAUGUAAAAUUAACGAAAAUAAAUCCAAUACAUAUA